AUGGGUAGCCGACCACGUCGUUUCCUGUUUUGUGGAACUACUAGUGGAAGUGUGCAGAUGUGGGAUUUAACGACGGCUUUGGAUCAAUACAUGACCGCUCGUCAGUCUUCGUUAGCUAGUGCUCAAUCAGCUACCAGCUUGGAUUCUCUGAAGACGUCAUCCAGCAGUGUGAAAGUACCCCCGAUCAUGUUACAAGGAUUGAACGGCCCUUCGCCGCAAGAACUCCUGCAACUAAUAGAUGAAUGUGAGAUUUGUUGUAAUAGUAUGAGUCCAACUCCAGCAUCCACACCACACUCGUCUGUCCCUCAUCUUCCUAGUCUUUAA